CAUUCUGUCAGUCAGAUUUGAGACAGAUGGUUGUCAUCUUUUCUUGUUUCUGCUUAUUAUUGCAUGCUAUGUUAUAAAUAAUUGAACGCGAAUAUGAGUAGGAUGGCGAAAACUCUGAAAGCUGUGCAGCGGGAGUUGCAGAGUGCAAAACAGAACAGUGUGGGCACUGUGGAGUCUCCUCAGCCGCUGGACAUUUCAUCCAUAGAGAAAGCCAGUUUCUUUCAAGGAGAGCAGUAUUCUCCUCAUGGGAACCCUCUUCACAGCACAGCUCUGGAGGAAGACCCCAGUCCUGGACCAGAACACAACCAAAGGUCCGUUCCACAAAAGACAGGUCAACCGCGGACUAAGAAAAGUGCAAAAAUGGCUUCUAAAGCGUCAAAGGAGAACCAGGAGCCAGAAAAUCAAACAGCUAAAUCUGUUGGAAAAGGUAAAAGCAAAACUUUGGCAACCAUAUCAGAAGGUGCAGAAAAGAGAAGAACAUCAGCUAACGUGAGUGCAGCAUCAAAGAAAGCAGGAAAAGUUCAAAGGUCACCAAAAGAAACCUCUCCGACCCCAAGAGCGUCUCAGAAUCAGCGGAGGCCUUCGUUGUCCUCAGAGGACCUGACAGAUGAGGAUGAAAGCUUUCGUCCAGCCAAAGCAAACUCUAAAGGGGCAAAAAGACGAUCUUCCAGUCUACGACUGAGCGGCCACAAACAGAAAAGAAAAUCUUCAUCUUCAUCAGACAGAGCUGGUCCUUCUAAAAAACCCAGAGAUUUGAGAAAUCCCACUGAUCUAGACGUGGUGCGCGACGCUUUCCAGGAGUUUGUCACUGAGUACAAGCAGACAUUAAACUCUGAUCCAGUCAGACGCUCCGUUGAGGCUUUCAGUCGCUCGUUUGAGGAGCAGCUCGCUGAAAUAAUCACGGCGACAAAGGAGCUCAAGAAUGUGCAAAGAGAAAAUAACAAGAUCAAUAGAGCUAUAAAUCAGAAGAGGACCAGACUUGUGGAAGCCAAUAAUGAACUCAUUAAGGGGAAAACGCAGCUCCAGAAGCUUCAGAAGGAUCUGGAUGAGAUGGAGCAGAGGUUCAAAGCUCUGACUGAAGGAUCCUCUUUGCUCUCCAAUUUAAAGGAGCUCAACAGGAAAUACCUGAAGCACCGCUCCACUCAUCCGGAUGAGCUGGAAACGUUUGGCCCAUCCUGUAUGCCUGCCAUGUUGAUGGAAGCCAGGUGCAUCAUGGGAGCAGAGCAUCAGCUAAAGACUGUCAAUGACCAUCUGCAGCAGGUCUUGGGUGGAACGGAAAAUGAAUAAGCAUCACACUGUUCAGCUAAACAACUAAAAUAAAACAACUGCUCAAUGCG